UGUGUGUGUGUGUGUGUGUGUGUGUGUGCGCGGGGUGCGUGCGCGCGCGGGGCCUGCCCAUUUUCCUCCUCGCAGCAGUCAGUUGGGAGCUGGAGGGAGGGAGACGCAGCCAGCGAGAAACCGGAGAGGAGCCGAGCGCCCUCCGCCCGAGGCGCCCUCCCUCCGUCCGCGCACAGGCGCCGUCGCUUGGAGGAGCAAGGUGCCACCCGGCCCUCAAGGGCGCAGCGUACAAGCCCGCGGUCUCUUCGGCGGCUCUGCCCCGGUGCUGCACCUGGAGGCCACCCCAGACGGGGAUGGUAAGCGGCUGCCGCCGUCUGGCAAGCAAGAGGGACUCGGUGAGGGCACCAUGGCGCUGACGCCCCGGAGGGGGCCCUCGGCGGGGCUCGUCCGGCCUGAGCUGUGGCUGCUGCUGUGGGCAGCCGCGUGGCGUCUGGGUGCCACGGCGUGCCCCGCCCUCUGCACCUGCACUGGCACCACGGUGGAUUGCCACGGCACGGGGCUGCAGGCCAUCCCCAAGAACAUCCCACGGAACACCGAGCGCCUGGAACUCAACGGCAACAACAUCACUCGGAUCCAUAAGAACGACUUCGCGGGACUCAAGCAGCUGCGGGUGCUGCAGCUGAUGGAGAACCAGAUUGGAGUGGUGGAACGGGGGGCAUUCGAUGACAUGAAGGAGCUGGAGCGGCUACGACUCAACCGGAACCAGCUGCACAUGUUACCAGAACUACUGUUCCAGAAUAACCAGGCUCUGUCGAGGCUGGACCUGAGUGAGAACACCAUCCAGGCCAUCCCCAGAAAGGCUUUCCGUGGAGCUACAGACCUCAAAAAUUUACAGCUGGACAAGAACCAGAUCAGCUGCAUUGAGGAAGGAGCUUUCCGGGCUCUGCGGGGGCUGGAGGUGCUGACCCUGAACAACAACAACAUCAGCACCAUCCCCGUGUCCAGCUUCAACCACAUGCCCAAGCUCCGGACCUUCCGCCUGCACUCCAACCACCUGUUCUGCGACUGCCACCUGGCCUGGCUCUCCCAGUGGCUGAGGCAGCGGCCAAGCAUUGGGCUCUUCACCCAGUGCUCGGGCCCUGCCAGCCUUCGGGGCCUCAAUGUGGCCGAGGUCCAGAAGAGUGAGUUCAGCUGCUCAGGCCAGGGGGAGGCAGGGCGCGUGCCCUCCUGCACCCUCUCCUCCGGCUCCUGCCCUGCCAUGUGCGCCUGUAGCAACGGCAUCGUCGACUGUCGUGGCAAAGGCCUCACCGCCAUCCCUGCCAAUCUGCCCGAGACCAUGACGGAGAUCCGCCUGGAGCUCAAUGGGAUCAAGUCCAUCCCCCCGGGAGCCUUCUCUCCCUACAGAAAGCUGCGGAGGAUAGACUUGAGCAACAACCAGAUCUCGGAGAUUGCACCUGACGCUUUCCAGGGCCUCCGCUCCCUGAACUCACUGGUCCUCUAUGGGAACAAGAUCACAGACCUCCCCCGGGGAGUAUUUGGAGGCCUGUUCACCCUCCAGCUCCUGCUUCUGAAUGCCAACAAGAUCAACUGUGUCCGGCCCGACGCCUUCCAGGACCUGCAGAACCUCUCCCUGCUCUCCCUGUACGACAACAAGAUCCAGGGUCUCGCCAAGGGCACCUUCACCUCCCUGCGGGCCAUCCAGACCCUGCAUCUGGCCCAGAAUCCUUUCAUCUGUGACUGUAACCUCAAGUGGCUGGCGGACUUCCUGCGCACCAAUCCCAUUGAGACGAGCGGGGCCCGCUGCGCCAGCCCCCGGCGCCUCGCCAACAAGCGCAUCGGGCAGAUCAAGAGCAAGAAGUUCCGGUGCUCAGCCAAAGAACAGUACUUCAUUCCAGGCACCGAGGAUUACCAGCUGAACAGCGAGUGCAACAGCGACGUGGUCUGUCCCCACAAGUGCCGCUGUGAGGCCAGCGUGGUGGAAUGCUCCAGCCUGAAGCUCUCCAAGAUCCCUGAGCGCAUCCCCCAGGCCACGGCCGAGCUACGGUUAAACAACAAUGAGAUUUCCAUCCUGGAGGCCACUGGGAUGUUUAAAAAACUCACCCAUCUGAAGAAAAUCAAUCUGAGCAACAACAAGGUGUCAGAAAUUGAAGACGGAGCCUUCGAGGGCGCAGCCUCAGUGAGCGAGCUGCACCUGACCGCCAACCAGCUGGAGUCCAUCCGGAGCGGCAUGUUCAGGGGCCUGGAUGGCCUAAGGACGCUGAUGCUGCGAAACAACCGUAUCAGCUGCAUCCACAACGACAGCUUCACGGGCCUGCGCAACGUCCGCCUCCUCUCGCUCUACGACAACCAGAUCGCCACCAUCUCCCCUGGAGCCUUCGACACCCUCCAGGCCCUCUCCACGCUAAACCUUCUGGCCAACCCUUUCAACUGCAACUGCCAGCUGGCUUGGCUGGGCGACUGGCUGCGUAAGAGGAAGAUUGUGACCGGGAACCCGCGAUGCCAGAACCCAGACUUCUUGCGGCAGAUCCCCCUGCAGGACGUGGCCUUCCCCGACUUCAGGUGUGAGGAAGGCCAGGAGGAGGGGGGCUGCCUGCCCCGGCCGCAGUGCCCCCAGGAGUGUGCCUGCCUGGACACCGUGGUUCGGUGCAGCAACAAGCACCUCCAGGCCCUGCCCAAGGGCAUCCCCAAGAACGUCACAGAGCUCUACUUGGAUGGGAAUCAGUUCACGCUGGUUCCGGGCCAGCUGUCCACCUUCAAGUACCUGCAGCUCGUGGACCUGAGUAACAACAAGAUCAGCUCCUUAAGCAAUUCCUCCUUCACCAACAUGAGCCAGCUGACCACUCUGAUCCUCAGCUACAACGCCCUGCAAUGCAUUCCUCCUCUGGCCUUCCAGGGGCUCCGCUCCCUGCGCCUGCUGUCCCUGCACGGCAAUGACAUCUCCACCCUCCAAGAGGGCAUCUUCGCUGACGUGACCUCCUUGUCUCACCUGGCCAUUGGUGCCAACCCCCUGUACUGUGACUGCCACCUCCGCUGGUUGUCAGGCUGGGUGAAGACAGGCUAUAAGGAGCCAGGUAUUGCCCGCUGCGCUGGGCCCCCGGACAUGGAGGGCAAGCUUCUUCUCACCACGCCUGCCAAGAAGUUCGAAUGCCAAGAUCCCCCAACCCUGGCUGUCCAGGCCAAGUGUGAUCCCUGCUUGUCCAGCCCAUGUCAGAACCAGGGCAGCUGCCGUAACGACCCCCUUGAGGUGUACAGGUGUGCCUGCCCCAGCGGCUAUAAGGGCCGACACUGCGAGGUAUCCCUGGACAGCUGUUCCAGUAGCCCCUGUGGAAACGGUGGGACCUGCCACUCACAGCAGGGCGAGGAUGCUGGCUUCAUGUGCUCCUGCCCCACCGGCUUUGAAGGACCGACCUGUGGGGAAAACACAGACGACUGUGUGGAGCACUCAUGUGCCAACGGGGGCAUCUGUGUGGACGGCGUGGGCAACUACACCUGCCAGUGCCCCCCGCAGUACUCCGGAAGGGCCUGUGAACAGCUGGUGGACUUCUGCUCCCCGGAUUUGAACCCGUGUCAGAAUGAGGCCCAGUGUGUGGGCACCUCGGAUGGACCCAGGUGUGAGUGUGCACCAGGUUACACAGGUGACAACUGCAGUGAGAACCAGGAUGACUGCAGGGACCACCGCUGCCAGAAUGGGGCCCAGUGCGUGGACGAAGUCAACGGCUAUACCUGUGCCUGUGCUGAGGGCUUCAGUGGGCAGCUCUGUGAGACCCCUCCCCACCGGCCUACCCCCAGGAGCCCCUGUGAGGGGACUGAGUGCCAGAAUGGGGCCAACUGUGUGGACCAGGGCAACCGGCCCGUGUGCCAGUGCCUCCCGGGCUUUGGCGGCCCCGAGUGUGAGAAGUUGCUCAGUGUCAACUUCGUGGAUCGCGACACGUACCUGCAGUUCACCGACCUGCAGAACUGGCCGCGGGCCAACAUCACGCUGCAGGUCUCCACGGCAGAGGACAAUGGGAUCCUGCUGUACAACGGGGACAACGACCACAUUGCAGUGGAGCUGUACCAGGGCCAUGUACGUGUCAGCUACGACCCAGGCAGCUACCCCAGCUCUGCCAUCUACAGUGCCGAGACGAUCAAUGAUGGGCAGUUCCACACCGUUGAGCUGGUCACCUUUGAUCAGAUGGUGAAUCUCUCCAUCGAUGGCGGCAGCCCCAUGACCAUGGACAACUUCGGCAAACACUACACGCUCAACAGUGAGGCUCCCCUCUAUGUGGGAGGGAUGCCCGUGGAUGUGAACUCAGCCGCCUUCCGCCUGUGGCAGAUCCUCAAUGGCUCCAGCUUCCAUGGUUGCAUCCGAAACCUGUACAUCAAUAAUGAGUUGCAGGACUUCACCAAGACUCGGAUGAAGCCAGGCGUGGUGCCAGGCUGUGAGCCCUGCCGGAAGCUCUACUGCCUGCAUGGCAUCUGCCAGCCCAACGCCACCCCGGGGCCCGUGUGUCACUGUGAGGCCGGCUGGCGGGGCCUGAACUGCGACCAGCCAGCUGAUGGCCCCUGCCAUGGUCACAAGUGUGUCCACGGGAAAUGCGUGCCUCUAGAUGCUCUUUCCUACAGCUGCCAGUGCCAGGAUGGGUACUUGGGGGCCCUGUGCAACCAGGCCGGGACACCUGCAGACCCCUGUGGGGGCCUGCGGUGUCUGCACGGCCACUGCCAGGCCUCAGCCACCAAAGGGGCACACUGCGUGUGUGACCCUGGCUUUUCGGGCGAGCUGUGUGAGCAAGAGUCCGAGUGCCGGGGGGACCCUGUCCGGGACUUUCACCAGGUCCAGAGGGGCUAUGCCAUCUGCCAGACCACGCGUCCCCUGUCGUGGGUGGAGUGCCGGGGUUCAUGCCCAGGCCAGGGCUGCUGCCAGGGCCUGCGGCUGAAGCGGAGGAAGUUCACCUUUGAGUGCAGCGACGGGACCUCUUUUGCCGAGGAGGUGGAGAAGCCCACCAAGUGUGGCUGUGCCCUCUGCGCGUAGCGCCUGCCGUGGACGGGGAGGGGAGAGGGCGGGCGAGGGGGCGCGGCCUCGGCGGAGACCGAGCGGCCGGCAGCUGGGCUGGGGUGCGGGCCAUCACCAGGGCGGCGCCUGGGCAAGCGGCCCUUCCGUGGAGGGUGGGGCCAGAACCACGUUUCUAAAGCCCGAGGCGCCGCAGCUGGGGGCGGGGCGGGUGGGCGUGGCCUGGGCUGCAGCCCGCCCUCUUCGGAAGUGCCUUGCACAAAUAGGCGCUUAAUAAAUAUUUGUUGAAUGAAUGUGUGCGUGAGGUCAGGCCAAGAAGUGCAGAAUGGUGACAUCUCCUUGCCUGCUGCCUGGGUCUGAAGAAGGGACUGCCUCUUCCCAAACAGCCUCUCCCUCUCGCCCGUGGCCCGUGCAGGCCCUAGAAGCCCUUUGCCCUCUGCAGAUAACCUUGAAGUACUCUCACCCUCCCCUGGGGCCGCUGCCCCGGCGGCUCUCACCUUUCGCUGCUGCAGCGUCUGUUGGCAAGUUGGCCCGGGUGCGGAGGGGAAGGGCCCCUCCUGCUGGCCAGGAAGGGACGGAUCCCUGCCCCCUGGGCUGACUGGCAGUGUGGUGCAGCCACUGCUUGCUUGGGAACGGGCCUGGGGGUGGAGGUGGGUCUUAGGACCAGACAUCUGAAUCCUGCAGUUAUGGGAUGAGCAUUAUAACUUCAAGGAGGUUUCUCAUGUGGAGGAAGUGAUGGCUGGGACCUUUCCCGGGUGGGGUCCCUGCAAAGAGGGCAGGGGUUUUCCUAGUUCCAGCUGAAUAGACAUCACCACCUCCAGACACUAGCCAUCAAGGAGGCAUUAGCCUUGGGCUUCCCCAGCCACUAACUAGCUGUGAGCUGCUGGCUAGCCACUGGCAGGGGGUUUGCGGGUGUAGGGGACUUGGGCUAGGCUGCUUGGCUAGGAUGGGUUCAGAUCGCCUCACACUGCAGACCAGUAGGGGGCAGUGGUCCAGGCGUCAAGAAACCUCUGCUGGCUCUGCUACUCUGAGCUGACUUCUUCCCAAUGGGCCCCGUCUCCUCAGCUAUCAAAUGGGGAGGGGGGAGGACUGAGCGAGCCAUGUAGACCCUCCCACUGUGGCUCCAGGAGGGUAGUUGGAGGACUUAGACGAUUUGUCUUCGUUAAUCAAGUCAACAAGUAUUUAUGUGCCUAAUCAGGGCUGGGGACUGUGGGUGUUUUGCCCUUGUGGACAGAUGCGAACUGAUCACAGAGCAUCACAGGAGCAGCCAGGAUACCUGGGCAGAGAGCUGAGCCGAGUGAGGGCUCCAACCACAGACACCGGUUCAGGGCAGAGCUGCUCAUUCGAGGUGUUGGAAGGAAGGACUUAGUGUCUGAAGAGUUAUCUCGGAUGCAUGGCUGUGCAGCUACAAAUGCUUCUCUUCCAUGCAGAACAGAAACACAGAAAGAUGAUCUUUGCGCCUGAAUAGCGAGCUGGCUGUAAGGUCAUGCUCUCCUGUCCUGGUGUCUCCCCAAAAACAUGUGCACCUGGGGUUCCUGGUGGGCAAAGAGGGUGAGCAUGUGCCUCUCCUGGCUUUGUCCAUCUGUAAACAGAAGGCAGGGUCAGGGGAGUGUGUUGUGAUGGAGUUGAGGUGGCAUCGUGCCUGUGGGCAGUGGGCAGAGUCCUUGACACUGAAUAUCCCAGAGUCCUUGAUAGGACUGAGAUAGCCUGACCUGUUCCACUACCCUGGGGCUCAGACCAGUGAGUUUGAAUCUGGGACUCUGUAAUGGGAAGAGGACCCUGCCCUGCCCAUUUAGGGAGGUGUCCUUACGGCUGGCUCUGCCCCUCACCAGGGGUCGUGCUCUAUUUUCUCAUAGCUCUGAGCAAGGCCACAGUGCCCCUCACACCCAUGAGCAGCAUACUGAGCCUCCAGGGGAUUUUCCUAGGGCUGCACAGCAUCCCUUUCUCCUUUAGACUUUCUAGGCCACUGCAGGACCCUGGAGAGCAGCCAGCACCAGCCUGGAUAGGCAGGAAAGCUCCAGUGUAACUAGCUUUCCCCUUCCAUGGAAAAGAGGGUUCUGGAACCCACCAACCCUAAGGCACAUACCUUCCCCUGGCCACCACCAUUCCCCACUGCCCUUCAGCCGAUCCCCAGGCUUGAGGGGCACUGACUGGCAGGGACGUCUCACUCUACGGAAAGUGGAAAGAGCAUCUGCAGACAGGCAAUGGCUGCCGGGAGUCCUGCCCUGCCAGUGCCAUGGGGUUGGGAGGGCAGAGGAUGGAGUGUUUGCAGGGAGCACCCUCUGAGCUAAUUGCUGUCCCUAUCCAACCCUCCACAAUGUCCCACGUCUCAGCCCAGCUCCACACUCUCCCUUGGUUGAGCUGGAAGAUUGGGAUCUACCACAAGUGGCCGAGAGACCCAAGUGCCCAGGGAUCAAUGUCUUCUCAGCCGAACCACCAACCUGAAAGUGACUAAGUGACUGGAUCACCGCACACCUUGUCUGUUCAUGUCUGGGCUCUCUGAGUCCCAGAAGAAGAUGAUCACGAGAUAUCUGAGAAAUUGUUUCCACGCCUUGCACCUCUUCGAUAAAGACCUCCAGUUCACUUUGAUGUUGCCAUUGACUGUUGCCACGGAAGAGACACAAGCAGGGCAAGUGCCGAGGUUGCUGCUGCUUUGGCAGCCUGCGGGCGACAGUGGCCUGGGCUCCCUGUGCACGUGUCAGGAAAUGGAAAAGGCUGGACUUUGUCUCCCCUUUGCCUGCUGUUAGCCUAACCAUGAAAGUAUCUCUUUAUACAGAAUACUUAACAGAUUCUAAUAUAUAUUUGUAUUUCAUUUUGUUAUAGUAUUUUUAUAUGUUAAAGUCAACAUCCAGUGUCUUGUUUUGAUUUUCAGAUGCUCUGUAGUUGUGACAUUUUGUUUGGGGGGUUUCUGUAGUCUUGUUUGGAUCACUCUUUUAAAGAGACUGGUGUAGAACAAGCCCUUGAAAAAGCCACACUUGCCCUUUCCCGAGAAGUGCUGUUUUAGAACAUGUUGGAUAUUGUCUGUUGUCUUCAUGCGAACAUGACAUUGAUUCACUCUG